AUGGCCCAGGGUGCCAAGGGUUCAGCCGACUCCUAUACCAGCCGCCCAUCUCUGGACUCAGACGUCUCCCUGGAGGAGGACCGGGAGAGUGCCCGGCGGGAAGUGGAGAGCCAGGCUCAGCAGCAGCUUGAAAGGGCCAAGCACAAACCUGUGGCAUUUGCUGUGAGGACCAAUGUCAGCUACUGUGGCGUACUGGACGAGGAGUGCCCAGUCCAGGGCUCUGGAGUCAACUUUGAGGCCAAAGAUUUUCUGCAUAUUAAAGAGAAGUACAGCAAUGACUGGUGGAUCGGGAGGCUAGUGAAAGAGGGUGGGGACAUUGCCUUCAUCCCCAGCCCCCAGCGCCUGGAGAGCAUCCGGCUCAAGCAGGAGCAGAAGGCCAGGAGAUCUGGGAACCCCUCCAGCCUGAGUGACAUUGGCAACCGACGCUCCCCUCCGCCAUCUCUAGCCAAGCAGAAGCAAAAGCAGGCAGAACAUGUUCCCCCAUAUGAUGUGGUGCCCUCCAUGCGGCCUGUGGUGUUGGUGGGACCCUCUCUGAAAGGUUAUGAGGUCACGGACAUGAUGCAGAAGGCUCUGUUCGACUUCCUCAAACAUAGAUUUGAUGGCAGGAUCUCCAUCACCCGCGUCACAGCUGACCUCUCACUGGCAAAGCGAUCUGUGCUCAACAAUCCUGGCAAGAGGACCAUCAUUGAGCGUUCCUCCGCCCGCUCCAGCAUUGCGGAAGUACAGAGUGAGAUCGAGCGCAUAUUCGAGCUGGCAAAAUCUCUGCAGCUGGUAGUGCUGGAUGCCGACACCAUCAACCACCCGGCACAGCUGGCCAAGACCUCCUUGGCCCCCAUCAUCGUUUUUGUCAAAGUAUCCUCACCAAAGGUCCUCCAGCGUCUCAUCCGCUCCCGGGGGAAGUCACAGAUGAAGCACCUGACUGUACAGAUGAUGGCAUAUGACAAGCUGGUUCAGUGCCCACCAGAGUCAUUUGAUGUGAUUCUGGAUGAGAACCAGCUGGAGGAUGCGUGUGAGCACCUGGCCGAAUACCUAGAGGUUUACUGGAGGGCCACCCACCACCCGGCCCCCGGCCCUGGACUUUUGGGCCCUCCCAGUGCCAUCCCCGGACUUCAGAACCAGCAGCUGCUGGGGGAGCGCGGCGAGGAGCACUCGCCGCUGGAGCGGGACAGCUUGAUGCCCUCAGACGAGGCCAGCGAGAGCUCCCGCCAAGCCUGGACAGGGUCUUCGCAGCGUAGCUCCCGCCACCUGGAGGAGGACUAUGCGGACGCCUACCAGGACCUGUACCAGCCUCACCGCCAACACACCUCGGGGCUGCCUAGUGCUAACGGGCACGACCCCCAAGACCGGCUCCUAGCCCAGGACUCGGAGCACAACCACAAUGACCGGAACUGGCAGCGCAACCGGCCCUGGCCCAAGGACAGCUACUGA